AUGAUGGACCAUUGGGACAAAAUGCCCCUUUAUGAAAAGAAAUUGCAUGAACAAUUGGCUACAUAUACUUUGGCUAUCACUGAUGAUUUGGAAGGCAGAUCUGGUGUUUGGGGUGAACAUUCCUAUGCCCGUGAACGAGGUACUGCAUCACACCCUCACGUCUGCACGUUGUUAUUCCCGCGCGUUCAACAGACAAUACAAUCAUCUGCAGCAAAUGGACUAACCCUGAUAGAUGUAGACACGCCUCCGCCACAUCCAAGUGUACCACCUUUAGAUGAUCUUAGCGAAGGAGAAGCCAGUGAAGAGAUAGAAUUAGGGCCAGAGGCUGAUCAGGAAGAGACAGAUUGGGAGCAGAGUAUUUUACAAACAGCUGUCACUAAUGGGCAACGUCGCCUGGCUCGAACCGUUCUUACAAUCCUGACAAAUAUGCGAUUGCGUAGGCUCGCUCAUGAACGCAGUCGAUGGCACUGCAUGGAGACAACGCGUGAGGCUGGCACGCGGCUACGUUUGGCUUUAGCAGUAAAUUGGUCAUCAGCAGGUUGGCUCCAUAACACCCUACUCUCCUUUCUGCCCCAACCAUUGCGAGGCCUAUAUGAAGAGGUGGCUGGAGAGUUGCGACGUACAGUACCUCGCCUGGCUGCAAGACUCGCGCCAAGACCACCAGCACCGAUUCAAGAUCCCUUGGAUGCUGUUGACACGCUCUGUAGUAGUGAUUCUACUCCAUGGUUUGGCUGGGUUAGUAGCGGUUGCGAGAAGCUUGAUGCACGAUGGCGUCGCCGCCUAUCACCGUUAAUGUAUGUUCGUGAAUUAUCUGGCCCAACACAUCGAAUUGUACCGGGACCACCCGACCGGUGGUGCGCUGCGCGGGCGCAAGCUGUACGUUCAGCGCUCACGCAGCUAAUACAUGAGGCGGGAGACCGUGGUGUGGUGGUGGGCGGAUGCGGCGCUGGUGCUGCACUAGCAGCGUUUGUGUCAGGAGGCGGCGGUGCUGUCGGCCGUGGCGUACGAGCCCUAAUCCUCUUAGCUCCUCCUUUACUCACCGCGGAGGGGGCACGGGACUUUAAUCACUUGACGGCACCCAUGCUGCUCGUGGCUGGAGGGAGUGCAGCUACAUGCUGGCGCGGUGCUGCCCAUGAGAUAGCGAGCGCAGAGGCACGCCGGCUGCUGCUUAUAGGCGGUGCGGAUGAUGCGUUGCGCCUACCGCGUCGACACCGUCUGAGGUUGCGCGUGCCGCAGCAGGCCCUGGACUCUGCUAUAGCGGAAGAAUGUGCACGUUGGGCGCGUGAAGUAACAGAACCACAAGAUAAUGAGGCGAUACAAAUGAUAGAAUCUAUAGAACUCAGUGAUCAUAUUCCAGUUCAGAACUCCCUUGGGGAUACUAUCCUUACUGAGAAUAGUAUUAGUGAUAAUGGACCAUCCAGGAGAGCAGCCCAAUCUGUGUCCACCGCAACGCCAGUGCUCAACGCUGCGUCUCCUCAUUCAACGCCACCAGGGAAUAGAAGCAUUGAAAUCGUAGAAGGUUGUGUGGUGUCGCGGGUAUCUGGCGGAACGCCCCUGGCCUUGGGUCCACCAAGACGCGCUGAGUUACAGCCGGACGACAUCAUGCGGCUGCCGAUUGUGUUUGCUGAUGACGCUGCUGUAUCCAUAGACACGAACCAGGUCUCGCCAGCACCACUGCUUCGGAGGAGCCAAGAAAGGAAAACAAAAGAAGAAAGAAUGACAGUACGCUCGGGUGGGAGUGUUGGUGUGGGGCGAGGUCGUACUUCGGGGGCAGCUCGUGGGGCACCUGUGCGGUAUGCACGAGUGAUUGUGGCUAAGCGCGGAGGUAGUACACCAUACGUGCGACGCCGAGGUGACCCUAGUGGUGACACCACAACUCCGCUAGGACACGUCACGGCCUGUCAAACCGCGAAAGUCAAUAGGGAAGAAGCCGCGGGGCGCGUGCGUAGAACGUGGGACGGGGCGCGAGGGACGGCAGUUGCGCUCCAGGCGAGUACCGCGGCGGGAUGCGAACCCGCUACAACUGCCGCUCGGCUCUGUCCACGUUCCGUGCUGUGCGAACGGCGACCGAGGCCGGGAACGGCGCGUCACCACACACCAUUGGGCUGUGACAGCGCUGGUCUGCUGCUGAAACGAUAUCGAUCCCGCGUGACGAGCCGCUGCAUCUCGAACCAUGAAAACACUUUUGUUUCCGGGCGCGCCAGGACUCGACUGCAACUCACUCGAUCGAUUCGAGCACGAAGCGAACGGACGCGUGAAGAGCGCUAUUCUCUCAUGUCCGCUACUAUGUAA